UUGCGCGGCCGCUGCGAGCAGUUGUUGCUGUAGUUGCUGCGAGGGCCCCCCCAUUUUUCCAACGCCCCACUGUUUUGCCGCCCCUUUUGGCUGCGCCCCUGGACGUGUGUGUGCGUGCGUGUGAUUUACCGUUAGCGGGAGAGAGAGAAAGAAAUAGCAAUAAAAGGCAAACGACGUGCGUGUGAGCGGGACGGAGGCAUGUGCUGGGUCACAAUGGCACGCAAGGACGAUCCCGUUUUCAACGUGCGGUUCGUGCAAUUCGUCGAAAAUCAGCCCUGUUUGUGGAAUUAUACGCAUCCGGGAUACAGCAAAAAGGAAGAGGUGCAGAGGGCGUGGCAGCAGGUGGCCAAUGAGAUCAAGGACACGGUGCGCAACUGCCGCGAGAGGUGGCGCACUAUAAGGAGCAGCUUCCUCCGAUCCUUAAAGCUGGCACGCACACAAACGGGCCGCGGGAAGCGCAAAUACUACCUGUCCAAGUACCUGCAGUUCCUCAUCCCCUACACCAAGUCCCGAUCCUGCCACAAGCAGCUGCCUGCGGUGAUUGCACCCAGUAAUAAUCCUGCGGCAGGAAUGGUGCUCCGAAAACCGGGGAAAACCUCUAGUAUACCCAUAUACCCAGAGUCAAGUCAGCAGGAGGAUGAUGAGGAGGCCAAGGAGAGCGACAGCGAAAUGCCGCUGGAUGUGCAGGUUUCCGAGGAGGAGGUGAAUCAGCCGGACCAUUCAGGAAGGGAUCCGGAUCAGGAUCAGCAUCAGAAUCAGGAUCAACCCACCGCCUGUUUGCCGCUCCGCCUUCAAGCCAUCAAAGUGGAGCAGCCCUCCCUGAAUCCACAUCCAAAUCCAAAUCAACAGCUCGACAGGCUGGUGGGUCACCAAUCGCUGGUGUCAGUGCCCGCCGCUGCAUUGGGUAACCACCUGGACUGGACGGAUCUGACGCAUUGGUUCAAGGGCAACAGCAGUCACCAUCUGGAUCAUCACAAGUUAACCACACCACCGCCACCGCCGGCCACGCCAGCUUUGAGAGCUUUAACCGGAGGAUUGGGACCCGGAUCGGGGGCCAUUCCCCUGUCCAUGCCUUCGCCACCAGAUGCCGACUACUCCUUUCUGAUCAGCCUGCAUCCGUACCUCAAGGAAAUGAGCGGCAAGCAAAAUCGAAGGUUUCGCCAAAAGGUUGUGGGUCUCAUCGACAAUGUCCUGGAUAACAUAGAUGUCUAAUCUGGGAAAUAAUCUACACAGGGAAAAAAGUCAUAACAAUUGGGAAAGGAAUAAACAUAAAGAAAAACAUAAUUUAAAACGGUUUCUUAAAAAUAAUUUAGACUCAAAUCAAAUCUGCUAGAACGCUCACUUAAAUAAGCAACCUUUUGUAUAAAAACACUAACAGUCAGCUGAUAAAAAACCAAAAAUUAUAUCUGAAGAAAAUCAAAAUCAGUUUCAGGAAUCUUUUUAAUUGUUAAAAUAUUAUUUACAAAAACAUUAAAUUCUGACAAACAUACAAUUAUGUUUGAAAAUCAGAAAUAUUCAUAUAAUUUUUGUAUCCAUUUUUUUUGAUUAAAAAAUAAUAUUUAAUAUCACAUUGUUUUUAAAAUGUAACCAUCUGAUUUUACUCUUUUAAAUUUGAUUAAAAUUGGUUAAGUUUUGGUAUUUUUUUAAGCCGCUGACCAAUAGAUUUUGUACCUUCUAGCUUAUCUUAGUUUUUAAUUAUUUAUGCCUAAGAUUAAUGAAUUUACAUAAAAUUUAUAUUUAAUGCACUUGCCUGAACCAAAAUAGAAAUUUGUGAAAGGUCACAUAAAUUAAUAACAUAAAUUUAAUGUUGAAAACUACAUGUUAUUAGCAAGUAUAAACACCCAAAUCUUGUGAUAUUUUCUCUCUGUGUAGAAACCACAAAAACAAGGACGAAAUUAUAAAAAAACACCCAGAGUAACGCCAACAGUGCCCAUUUAUUAUAUGUGUAGAGCGUAUUUUUAUUGUGCUUUUUGUUGUUGUUAAACACACACAAACAUAUAUUUGUUAUUUGUAAAAUAAAAACUUAAAAAAUUUUA